CCAAGAUCAUGGACAACGCUUUCCAGGAAAUCCAGGUAUUUGUAGGCAGGCGGGGAGGCAAGGUUGAGUUUCUCAUACUCGACCGUGAUGGUCACAAAGCAGCCAUUGCCGCCGGCGUCGUCAUCAUCUUUUGGCUUCAUCUCAAACUUGCCUAUGUACACUUUAUAUAGCUUCAUCGGGUCGCCGUCCACCCCGAUUACGGUCACCAGCUUCUUCUCG